AUGGGAAAUACACUUUCGGGACGUGUGAAUGCGGUCAGCCCAUUGAUUAGCGCCGAAGAUGCGAGAAGUUAUGGUGAAUACUUUUGGGGAGUUGCUUUUUUUUGAAGGAAAAAUAUAGGGAAAAUGUAAAAAUAUGAUUUUAAAGGCACAUUACUCAUCUCAUAAUGAGAAAGUCUAUAAAAAUUGAAUUUUUCACAUUUCGACGCUGAAAAUGGUAAAAACUAAUGAUUCGAAGGCAUAAUGCGCCCCAUAAAAAAGUCAAUAUUUUGAACAUUUUACCGAAUUUAAAGGAACAUAAUGGGUUUCGCAACGACCCAUCUAAAAUAAUUUUUAAAAUUCCUAUUUUUUCCAGUCAGCGACGAAGAAUACAAACGACUUUGUCUCGCAUUCAAUCGCUUCAAAAAUGGCUGUAUAAAUUACGACGAAUUCUGUUAUCAUGUUUUGGGUGGCGCCCAAAUCCCCAAUGAUAAACGUCGUCUUCUUUUCAAUUUUUGUUCAAAUGGCGCCGAAAAUAUUACUUUUGAUAAUUUGUUAUCCGCCUUAGUUGGAUUAUGUCGAGUGGAAGAGGUUCAAACACGAUUCAUUGAGGAAUAUAAAGAAUUUUCGAGUUGGGGAUUGACACCGCCUAUUUUGACGAUUCCCUUGAAUGAUUCUUAUAUUUCAUUUUAUGAAGUUAUGUCAUAUGUGACACAUUGUGAGUUGUCUUUUUUGAAAUAGUGAAAUAUAUUUUCGAACGGUUUUUGAUCAUGAAUAUGAGUUAUGAUUUGGAAAAGUUUUACAAGCUACUAGUAAACUUUGCCACGUCAUAACUCAUAUUGUAUGAGUCAUGUCAAAGGUUAAUUAAUUACUCCCAACCAUCAAAAUAUAUAUUUCCAGUAUCUGUCAGCGAAGUGAUUGAACUCGAAAAAGUGUUUGCAACAAUAAGCGAUCGAGUUGUGUGCAAAUUAACACAAGAAAAAUGGAAAAGUGCACUUGGAUCUUGUUUUCCCGACGAUUUUUCUGAUCGAUUAUUUGCGAUUUUUGACGAAAAUCAGGAUGGAUUGAUUGAUUUUCGGGAAUUGGUUUGUACAUUAUCGGCACUUUGUAGAGGACCGUUGCCUGGAAGAAUUAGUCGUGAGUUUCGAAAAAUACUCGAAAAUUGUCAUUUUCAACUAAAAAUUAUAAAUUCCGAAAAUCAAAUGAAUUCUAGAAUUGGUGAUUUCUGUUCAAAAAAACCCGAGAAUUUUAAAUCAGAACCGAGAGUCAUGUCAACAGAAAAUCCAAUUUUUAUAAUUUAAAUUCCAAAUUUGUUCGUCUGAAAUAUUCUGUGAAUCUCCCUAAAAUCACGAAUUUUCCUCGAAGAAAGAAAUUCGCGUUUUUUUUCCAGAACUUGCUCGAAUUUGGGACAUUGACGGCGAUAAACUUUUAUCCGAAGACGAAUUAUCAAAAAUGUAUUCGGAUCUAAAAGUUCCCGAAUGCCAUCAGAAUGUCACCAAAUCCCAAAACAAUCACGCAACUCUUAUCGAUUUCGGAAUUUGGGCCCAAGAAUCGCAACAAAAUCACAAUUUCUAUAUUGAGAAAUAUUAUAUAAUGGCUCUCGAAAUCGGUCAUAUUUGUUUGGGAUUACGGCCUGAAAAUCGAAAAUUGGAACUGAAAAUUGUGAGCGAAUUUGAGAAGAGAGCUGCAGAUUUGGCACUUUUUGAGUGGAAUAUUGUGGCUGCCACGUGGCAUUCGGAAUUUUUGACGAGUUUGGAAAUGGAAAAAUCACCGAUGCCUAUUGAUAAUUCAAAUAUUCGUGGAAAUCGAGAUGAUAGUUGGACUAAUAAGGUAGAGAUUUUGUGAAUUUUUGAUGGGAAGAUGAUAGAAAAUGAUAUUUUUAAGAAAAAAAUUGUGAAAAUUCACAAAAUCUUUAAACGUGAAUAUUAAUUUUUCACGUGACCUAUCUGAUAGCGUGGCAAAUUUUUAUUUAAAAAAAAACAAAAUCCCCCUCCCCUUAUUUUCUUUUUUAUUUUGAGAACAAAAAUGUGAGUUUUUGGGCUUUUUUUGAUGAUCAAAAAAGUAUUGGAAAAUCCCACAUUUUCCAAAAAAUCCCCAAUUUUUUCUAGGUUGCCUGUAUUUCUCUCGAAUCCGCCCGUCUGCGCUCUGAUCUUCAACCUUCCGAUUUCAUCAAAAUCCCAGUUCCACUUUGGCGAGCACUUUUAAGAUGGCAUGGUUCAGCACUGACAGUUGACUCGCAAUUCACUCGCAAAUAUUUAUCAGCCGAAUUUUUCGAUGAUAAUAAUUCAGGUCUCGAAUUAUACCCACUCGAAAUUCUUCUAAUGGGACACGAUAAACGAAAAAGUAUUGGUGGAGAAAUUGGCGGAGAAUCGAUGCCGCCACGCAAUUUAACAUCUUGGGCUUGUGCACAAGUUUCGAGAAGUAUGACUGUUGAAGAAUUGUUGGUUUUAUGUAAAAAUGAGUUGAGAUUGGGAGAUGGAGAAGCGAGAUUGUGGUUUUUAUUGAAGGUGGGACCAUUUUUCAAAUUAAAACAAAAAUUAUUAAAUCUUGACUAGAAAAUGAAAACUUUUCAGAAAAAGAUUCAAUAAAUCUGAAGUGGUGAGAACACUUGAUUUCUUAUAUGAAAAUCACUGAAAAUUUCAAAUUUUUGAUCUAAAAACCGUUAAAAUUGGUAUUUUCUAGUUCAAAAAACAUUUGGAACUUCAAUUUUCCCACCUUACAAAUCUCUUAUUUUUCCAGGAACAUGAAGAUAGUAGUAGUGUUCUUCUCGAUGAUUCUUCUCAAAAUCUUCAUCAAAUUCUCGCCUCAAAUUCCUCCUCAAAAAAACCCAACAAAAUGCGUCUCCUAUUAGAAGUCCGUGAAAAAGGAACUGGAAUUUGGCCGGAAGAAUUGAGAGCAAGUUUAAGCGGAAAGCAAAUCAAAUUAUCGUCGGAAAAUAAUAACACAAAUAUGAGUGGAAGACCGGGAGCUGUUGGUUUGGUGAAUUAUGGCAAUUUUUGUUAUCGAAAUGCCGCUAUUCAGGUGGGAAAAUUAUGAAGAAUUAGCGGUUUUGAGCCAAAAUUGAUGGAAAAAGGCAUUUUUUGAGCUAAUUUCAAAAAAAAAUUAAUUUUGCCUGAAUUUUCAGUCAAAAUUUUCAACAUAAAUUUCUAUUUGAAAAUUCCCGUUCCCUUCUAAAAAAAAUGCCCGAUUGUUUUCAGUGUUUGGCUCGAGUUUCACCCUUGACUCAAUAUUUCUUAGAAGAUCGAAAUUUGGAGGAAAUCUCGAAAAAUCGACGAAUUUCAGCGAAUGAAACCACUUUGGAAUAUGCAAAAUUGUUGAGAGAAAUGUGGGCGGCGAAAAAGAAAAAUAUUGCACCAAAUGAUUUUAAUGUAAGUUGUUUUUAGUUCAAAGAAACCUCAAAAUAUUCGAUUUCUAGGAUGCAAUUCGUAUGAAUAGUGAUUUAUUUGAAUGCAAUGAACAACAUGAUUGUCAAGAAUUUGUCGCAUUUUUAUUGGAUCAAUUACACACUUCAAUAUCUGAAACAACACCGAAAAAUGAGAAAAAUUCAGAGAAAUCGAUAGAAAUUAAGGAAAAUGAUGAGGAAAAAGCGAAAAGAGUGGGUUUUUGAGGGAUUUAAGAAGUGAAAUUCGAUAUUUUCUGAAAAUGGACUGAAAAUUGUAGAAAAUCGUGAUUUUCAGACAUUUUCAAGCCGAUAAUUCCUUGAAAUUUAAAUUUUGAUCUAAAAAUAUCUUUAUUUUUACAGUCUUGGUCCGAAUACGAACAACAGAAUAAAUCACUAGUUACAAAUUUAUUUGCUGGUCAACUUCGAAGUCGAUUAAUUUGCAGAAGUUGCAAUGAAUCUAGCAGUGUUUUUGAAGCUUUUACCUCGAUUUCGUUGCCAAUUGGAUUUGAGGAUGUCGAUUUGUAUCAAGUUAUUGGUGAAUUUUUUUAAUUUUUGGAGAAAAGUCGAAUUUCUGACAAUUUUUUUUGCAGUUGUUCAUCGAGAUGGUCGAAUUCCACGUCGAUAUGGUUUUCGACUUUCGCGUGAUUCGAAAAUCAAACAUUUGCGAGAUGUUGUCGCUGAAAGCACUCAAAUUGAUCGACAUCGAAUAACUAUUCAAUGUAUGUCGAGUAAAGGAACACUUAUGGUAAGUUUUAGUCGAUUUUUAUUGAAAUUUUGAUAUUAGAAGGAAGUUUUUGAGCUAAUAAUGGAUAUUGGUAAUAUGGAAAAUUUGCUGUUUCAAAAUUUUUUGUUAAAUAUUUUCAUGUAGUGUAUUUAAUUUUUCAGAGCAAAUCAGAUGAUGAAAAAAAUCAAGUUUGCGACGAUGUUCCACUCACAGCUUUUCCAUCUGGCGCACGACUUUAUGCUCUCGAAUUACCCCCAAAUUCGUCUGAAAAUGAUGGUGCCACGUGGCGUGUUGGAAUGCAUCGAAAAUUACAAUAUAAUCACGAACCGUAUAUUCUUGGAUCAACUGCUGGUUUUAUUGUUUCGAGAUUUGGAUUACCGCUGAUUAUUGAAGUAAGAAAUGGAAUGAACGGAAAAGAAUUGUAUGAAGAUGUUAUGUAUCAAAUGCAUCGAUUUAUGGAACAUUCAGUUAAUUCGUUUUCGAGCAGAGCACAUGAUCCGUGGGUUGUUUUUGAGAUAAGAGUUGAGACAAAUUUAGUGAUUUUAAGCUUAGAAACUCAAGAGCCUUUAGAGUUGUAAAAACUACUUCAAAUAUAUAAUAUUUUAGCGUCCAAAGUUUGAAAUUUGAUUUUAAAAAAUUUUCUAUGAAAUUCCAAGAAAGUGAGAAAAAUGAUAUUUUCCGUAAUUGUAUUUUUUUGCAGAUGUGAAGAUGAUGCAUCCGGUUACCCAUUCACUCUUUGUUUAGUCGAUGAUAAUUAUGAAUGGUGUGGACAAUGUCCAGCUCUUCGAUUCUGUCGUGGUUGCCCAAUUCGACCUGAUUCCUCUUCAAAUAUUCCAUUCAUUCCUCCAAAUUGUCCAAUUUCAAUUGAUUGGCUACCAAUUGCAUUAUAUUUGAGAUAUAAUCAUUCGCAAGAACAAGCUUGUGAAGAUGAUUUUUCGGUUGCCGAAACUUGGUCACGACAUUUUGCACCCUCUUCAUUAGAACAUUGUUUGGAGAAAUUCUCGUGUCCUGAAACACUUGAUGCUGCAAUUCAAUGUGAUAAAUGUGAAAGGAAAACGAUGAGGGAUAAAGUUAUGACAAUUUGGAAAUUGCCCAAAUAUUUGGUGAGUAUUCUGGAGUUUUGGAAGAAAAUUUGAAGAUUUUCAACUUGAUAAAUGGGAAAAUUAUGAAAAAUACGAUUCUCAAAAUUCUUGAAUAACUCAUUUUUUAAGUCGGCGUUUUUACCCAUAUUCCACUUAAAAUCUCGAUAAAUGUUGCAGAUAAUUCACCUGAAACGCUUCGAAUUUUUGCGCGAACAAGGUCGAAUGGGAAAAUGCAAACGAACUGUGAAUUUUCCAUUGAAACACUUUGAUCCAACUCCAUUUGUUGAUCAACCCGAUGGACAUACUUAUGAAUGUAUUGCGUUGGCUGUGAGUUUUUUAAAGUCACAUGGAAUUUUUGGCGCAAAAACUUGACAUUUUGAGAAAUUUCCAAGAGUCUUUGAAAUUGCCACGUUUAUUGUUCUACUACAAAAUAUUAAAUUUUCAAGAAAUAAUGAAAAUAUUGAUUUUUUUGCACCGAAGUUUUUUAGCUCAACAUUUUCCUAAUUUUUGAUUCUCAAAAAGAGUCCAGCAAGUUCAUUUUUUAUUCGAAAAUUGGAAUUGGUUGCCAAAAUUUUAGAAAAGAAUCUAUUAUCCCGUUUCCUUACAGAAUCACUACGGACAAUUAUCAUCUGGUCAUUUUAUUGCUUACGCAAAAUCCAACGAGGAUAAAUGGCUUCUUUUAAAUGAUUGCUCAGUUCGUGAAGUAACAGAAGAAGAAGUUGAUAAACAAGGCGCUUAUUUAUUAUUUUAUGAAAGAAAAGAUGUUAAUUAA